GGCGCUGGUCAGAGCAGAGGCCGCGAGAGCGAGCGCAGUAAUUCCCGGAGAACGAGCGCAUGAUGAUGUACUUUACCGGAGUUUGUCCGGUAAUGUCAUGAGUGAAAACGUCUCGGAAACCAUCUGGUCUACGCCGCUCAGAUAAGAUGAAGAGGAUUUUAAAUGUUUUUGAAGACAAAGUAAACCUCGAGGAGCGUCUGUCUGGAUGAAAUUGACAGAAAGACGUUAGGAUCGAAUAUAAACAGAACAUCACAGCGGACAGGGGGAGCAUUGAAGCUAUAAUCUGAGUAUGGGCCCUGAGGAGCUGCCUGACCUUAUGGACAUGAUGUCGAGCACUCCUCCUCCGUCUCCUCGUCCUGUUUGUUCCUCAUUCUCACCUCCUCACUGCUCUCCACCGGUCGUGACCUUACGCUCCCCUGCCACUCGUUACCUGACUCAGCUCGACCCCUGGAGGAGACACAGCUGGGAACCUGGAGCUGUGGCACAGGGAUAUCCACCCAAUGACACACGCAGUGUGAGUCUUGAAGAUCUGAACCCGGAUGAGAUGUCCUUAGUGCUAAACAGUGCAUGGAGGUCAAAAAGAGCCCGAGAAGCCCGCAGGUCUGUCACUCAAGCUUCCCUGACGUCACUUACUGAGGAGGAAGUUGGAGCAGAGCAUCAGGAACAUCAUCGAUCAGCGCUGGAGGAGCAGUCCAAUCAGAUGCAUGGCUGCAGCGUCUCCGCCCCCAGCCUGUGUAUGAUGCAGCAGAUGCCUAGAAGCUCCGCUCCUCGCCCACGCUCCUACUGCCAUGAGAGUUUUUCGUACCACCAGAUUGGAGGAUCAUUUCACAGUAUAGACAGCGAGUUUGCUGCUCCGGGCUGGGACAUAGAUAGAGGGCAAAUAAAGGCUGAGGGGCAUGAAAACAAAGAGGACGCCUCAGGAAAUCGCCUGGAGCGAACACUGAGCUUCCUGCGCAAGAUGACUGCUAAAAGCAAGAAUAAAGAGAAGGAGCGCAUGAGGGAGCGGGAGAGAGAAGCCAGAGAUCGAGAGGCGCGCUACAGUAAUGGCCACCUCUUCAACUCUCUCACCGUGUCUGGAACAACGCUCUGCUCGGCCUGCAACAAGAGCAUCACCGCUAAGGAGGCCCUCAGCUGCCCGACCUGUAACGUCACCAUCCACAACCGCUGCAGGGACACGCUACCAAACUGUGUCAAAAUGAAACAAAAGCAACAGAAAAUGGCGCUGAUGAGGAACAAUUCGGCCUAUCAGAAUGUGACGCUGAGGAAUAAAGCCCAUUUAAAGGAACGGCCAAGCUCUGCCAUCUACCCAUCAGACAGUCUUCGCCAGUCACUACUCGGGUCCCGUCGUGGGCGGUCUUCUCUCUUACUUUCCAAGAGCGUCUCCACCAAUAACAUUGCAGGGACUCUAAAUGAUGACUCUCCUCUGGGGCUGCGCAGGAUCUUGUCUCAAUCCACAGACUCACUCAACUUCAGGAGCAGAACCAUGUCCAUGGAGUCACUCAAUGAUGAGGGAGAGGGCUACUUCACCUCUCUGCUGGAUGAUCUGGAGUAUGAAGGCCGGGAAUUUGAAGCAGAUUCCUGGAGCAUGGCGGUAGAUUCCACCUACUUGCAGACCCACCGUAAAGAUGUUAUCAAGAGACAGGACGUCAUCUAUGAGCUGAUCCAGACGGAGCUCCAUCACGUUCGGACGCUGCGGAUCAUGGAUGGUGUGUUCAGGCGGGGUAUGCUGGAGGAGGUGCAGCUGGAGCUGGGGGUUGUGCAUGCACUGUUCCCCUGCCUGGAGCGCCUGUUGACGCUUCACACGCACUUCCUCACACAGCUGCUCGAACGACGCGCUCAAAGCCUGCAACCUGACAGCACAAACAAUUUCACCAUCACUCAGAUCAGCGAUUUGCUAAUACAACAGUUCUCAGGUCAGAGCGCUGACGAGAUGCUGAAGGUGUAUUCUGAGUUCUGCAGUCGUCAUAUGAAGGCCGUCAAACUCUACAAAGAGCUGCUGGCCAGAGACAAGAGACUGCAGCUCUUUAUACGGAGGGUGAGUCGGGGUCCUCUACUGCGUCGUCACGGGUUCCAGGAGUGCAUCCUAUUGGUCACUCAGCGCAUCACGAAAUACCCCGUCCUGUUGCAACGUAUCUAUGAUAAUACCAAAGACAAUCCAGAGGAAGCUGCAGGUCUGUCUCAGGCGCUGUCUUGUAUACGGGAGCUGCUCUGUUCGGUGGACCAGCAAGUGUUGGAGCUUGAAAGGACACAGCGGCUGCAAGAGAUCCGAUCCAGGGUCGACCCGCGGGCCGAGGCCAAACUCCGCUCCGGAGCCCUGUUCAGACCGGCCGAACUGCUCCGCAGGCAGCUGAUACACGAAGGCACGCUGCUCUGGAAAACGCCCAGCUCUCGCCUCAAAGAUGUUCAGGUUAUGCUGAUGACUGAUAUUCUAGUAUUCUUGCAAGAGAAAGAUCAACGGUUCAUCUUUGCCAGUUUGGAUAAAUCUGCUGUGGUCUCACUGCAGAGUCUCUUGGUCCGAGACAUAGCCAAUCAGGAGCGAGGCUUGUUCCUGAUCAGCAGUGAGUCUAGCCCACCUGAAAUGUACGAGCUCUAUGCGGCAUCUAAAGAUGACAGAAACACCUGGAUACGGCUCAUACAGCAAACCAUCAGCAGCUGUCCAUCAAGAGAAGAAUUCCCUCUGAUAGAAACAGAGGACAAGGCCCUUCUGCGAAGACUCAGAGCUGAUAUCCAGCAGAAGGACAGGGAGGUGUUAGAGCUGCUUCAGGAGCGGGUCACCCUGUUCUCUGACUUGGCGGAGGUCAUGGGAGGUUAUGAGGUCAUGCUGCCGUCCUGUUCCAGAAACCUGUUCAGAGCCGAGUCUCCUCAGGCGCCUCACGGGGAACAGCUGCUCACACAGGCCAUAACUGAGGUGGACAGAUUGACAGAGCUGUUAUUAGGGUCCAGUUUUGAGGUUCCUCUGCCCUGCAGUUUCAACGGCCAUCACAACCACACUGGAGCGCUAGUAAUCAAUGGACAAGAGGUAUUAGUCAAUGGCUCUCAGGAGAACCAAGCUGCUCAGGAUGGUAAUGGGAAUCAAAUGGAGGACAAGACACCAAGUGAGGAGGUGUCACAGAGGCUGGUGAAUCUCAGUGCUCAGUUACACGCUCUGCAGGGUGUGGUGAUACGACAGGACUCCAUCUUAGAGCUCUGCCGACGAGAGAGCUCCGUCUCCCCGGCCACCGCAGGGGUUCGUACGGUGCGCUCCCUGUCCCGGGAUGGAGCGAGUGACGGUGGCUCUCUGGGAGAGCUGGCCCUGCUUCAACGGCAGCACAGUCUGCUGCAGGAGGAGCUGGGACGCCUCAGAGGAGCCGAGGGCAAACUCAGGGACAGCGAGAGAGCCAGAGCCCAGCUGGAGAAACAGCUCAGGGAUCUUAAGACCACUAGCGCCGCUCUAGGGGAUGGAGCUGGAAGUGCAGGCUCACAGGCCCCAUCAACUCGCAGAGAGAGCGAUGCCGACCCUAAUACUGACACCCCAUUGGCUAGCCAGGAAUCAAUGGACCAAUCAGAUGGCCUGCAGGAAUGCAGUGAUGUGGAAGUGGAUGUGAUAUCUGAUGACGACGAGGUGGAUUCGAGGGUGUCUCCCCGUUCAGAAAGUCCCAGAGAUCUGCAGGACAUUCCUGAAGAGAGUGAAUCCGCUACAGACCCUCGGGACCGUGAGGCCUCACACUGCUAAUGUUUUUUCAAUUCUCUACCCAAGACUGGCCUGUUGUCUGAUGGAACAGACUAUAGACUCCAUGAGCAGGUCUUCCUCUGAACAGGGAAGGGUCUUGAGUAGUUUAUGAAUAUUCAUUUCAUUAUAUACAUACAGUAUUUAGUUGUAUCCAGUAAUUUUGCUUACAGCUUCUGUGUGGCCGUUUAUGACAUGUUAAUAUUCAACAUGUCUUCUCCUUGGGAUCCAAUCAUAUGGCUUUUGACAUCCACGGACCAAUAAGGAAAUGCCAAAGCAUCGUGAUGGAGAUGGAGUCAGACAGAUAAUGGGACUUUGCACUUGAUAGCAGCAUGAAACAGUCUUGGGAUUCUUUAAGAAUAUUAAGAUCAACCAAAUCAACCAAACAUAACUGAUCCAGCUCAAGGGUACCGGCAGAAAGCAGUCAAAUUGAUGUACUGUAUGUGAAAACUCAUCACAAUGCUUUGUACCAAUUCUACACAUGCUGGAGCACGCAAAACCAGAAUAGAGCUUCUGUUUCUUUUUUUUUUGUCUGUGAGAGGUCAUUGUAAAAAAAUGUCUCUUUCUUGUGCUUUAUUUUAAAUUUAUUUAUUUUCCUUUAUUUUAAAUGAAAAGUUAAAUUGUCUCUCGAGCAUGUCGAAGCAGUUAGAAAGAAGCCAUAACUUGAAAUAUACCAACAUAAUAGACUGCGACCAAAACUACUGGCUAUAGAACAGAAAAAAAACUAUUUUCAGAGACUUGAGGGAUUUUUUAUGAAGGAAUUAUAUUGCAGUUAAAGCAAUAUAUAGAAAUAUAUUUACAUCUAUAGCAGAGAACUUAAUAAACCCAGGAAGGUUAUUAUGAUUGAGUAUUAUGAUAUUAUAAAUGGUUCCUCAGCCCACAGUGUGUGUUAACGGGGAAUACUUUGUAAAUAUAAGAUUUAUUGACUAAAAUAGAUCAGAUCACCAAAAUCUGCCAGUAACGCCGACAACAUUUGAUGUGUCUUACUACAGUUCUGCUUAUGUUUAAAUUUUGCUUAAGAAUGUUUUUUGCAAUUACUUGACUGUGUGCCAAAAUUCGCUUGGCUGAAUAAUGCUGAGAUGUAUUAUGCUUUUAUUUUAGUCCAACAUUUCAGGAAGCAAUGUCUUAGAAAUUAUUGUAAGAUGAUGUUCUUCAUGGUUUGAAGUAACUAUAAGAAACAUAGGAUUUACCGAAGUCACACAUCAAAAUGUUUGUAUGGAAAAUAAAUGACGGAAACAUUGUUGAAGUGUUCAUACAGUGUUUCAGAUAUACUGAAGUGGAUAUAGAAUACUGUUGAAGAAUUAAAAGCGUUGAUAUACAA